AUGACGACACCAGGAGGAGGAGAUGAAGCCAGACGAGAGGAAUCAGGUAGAGAAAGGGAUAGGAAGAAGAGAAGCAAGUAUGGUGAUUCGAGGGGAUCUGCAUCGGGAUCUGCAUCAGUAGUAUCUUUUGGUUCCAGCGAGUGCAUUCAUUGUGGACGACGAUAUACAGGUCGGUGUUACUUAUUGACGGGGCAGUGCUUUCACUGUGGACAGCAAGGGCAUAGAGUAGCAAAUUGCCCUCAGAAAGGAUUGGGCGGAAGGACUGAUUCGGGUACAGGACAGCAGAGGACAAUUGGCACAAGAGCCUACAGUGAGAGAUCAGGGAACUGGAUGACUGAUAGCGCCAUCAGAGAUAGUCAGAGGGAGACCGUUGCGCCACGACCUCCUGCACUUCCUCCAGUAGUGCCACGUAUCUACAGUUUACAGCAUCAUGAAGAUCAACAACGACCAUAA